CAAUUUUUUGCGGGUGCGAGCUAUAUUGUCCGUCAGUAUAUUUCCUUCAAAAAUCGUUUUAAGGUGGUUAUUAGUAACAAAUUUUAUCUUUCGAGAAUCCAAGCACCUCGAGACUAAUAAAGAAAGCUAAGCUAUCUUUAAACUCCAGGAACUUAAGUCCAACCUACCUAAGAUUUUUUUCUCUCCUAAGUUUCCAUUUUAGAUUCCAACAACAUGUCUGACUGGGGUGAUGAUGAGCCCUCUGCUGUAACCACCAGUGGCGGUGGUGGGGAUUGGGGCGAUAUCCCAGCUGCUGAGCCUCCGAAGGAACCCUCCGGGUGGAGCGAUGAAGAAGAUAAGGGAAAGAACUCUGGAGGAGGAUAUAAAGCUGAUGGUCGUGGAAGGGGAGAAGGAGGAGGCUAUAGAGGUGGAAAUCGGGGCGGAGGUGAUGGAGAUGGAAACGGAUACCGUGGAGGACGACGCGAAGGAGGCGGUGGAUUCCGUGGUCGUCGCGACGACAAUGAAGAAGGAGACGAACGUCGUGGAGGUCGCUUUAAUCGUGAUCGCGGAGAACGCGGAGAACGUGGCGAAAAAGGGGAAGGUGGCUUCGAGCGACGUCGUCGCAACGAUGACGAUGUCAACAAUAAUAACGAUGUCAAGGAGGAUGGAGAAAAGAAGCGCGAAUUUUAUAUUCCGCCUGAACCCAGUAACGACGUCGAGGAGAUCUUCAGUACUGGAAUCACAACAGGAAUUAAUUUCUCUAAAUAUGACAAUAUUCCCGUAAAGGUAAGCGGUGAGAAUGUUCCCAAAGCGAUUAAGAGCUUCGAGGAGUCUCAAUUGCGUGCAACUAUUGCUGCGAAUGUAGUCAAAUCGGGCUACAAGGUGCCCACUCCGAUCCAGAAGGUUGCAAUACCGGUGAUUGCCGAUGGUCGUGAUUUGAUGGCGUGUGCUCAGACUGGUUCGGGAAAAACGGCUGCUUUUUUGUUGCCGAUCCUCAGCAAGUUGUUGGAAGAUGCCCAAGACCCAGAGAUUGGAAAGCCGCAGGCGGUGAUUGUAUCUCCGACUAGAGAGCUCGCUAUUCAAAUCUUUAGCGAAGCGAGGAAGUUCGGCUAUGAUACUUAUCUAAAGAUCACCAUUGUUUACGGUGGGACCUCGUUCAAGUAUCAAAACGAGUGCAUUACCAAGGGAUGCCAUGUGCUUAUCGCCACUCCUGGACGACUGAUGGAUUUCGUGGAGCGCACCUUCAUUACUUUUAAUGACACGCGCUUUGUGGUGCUGGACGAAGCCGAUCGGAUGCUGGACAUGGGCUUCUCGGAAAGCAUGCGUAAAUUGAUGACCCAUCCAACAAUGCGUCCGGAGCACCAAACUUUAAUGUUCUCGGCCACUUUCCCGGAGGAAAUCCAGCGUCUGGCUGGCGAAUUUUUGAAUAACUACGUCUUCGUAGCCGUUGGCGUAGUAGGAGGAGCCUGUUCGGAUGUGCAGCAAACCAUCCACGAAGUUAAUAAAUUUAACAAGCGAACCAAGCUUAUGGAAAUCCUUCGCGAGGAAGCGGAUGGUACUAUCGUUUUUGUGGAAACUAAGCGUGGUGCCGACUUCUUGGCUUCGUUCUUGUCGGAAACAGAGUUCCCAACGACUUCUAUUCAUGGCGAUCGUCUUCAGAGCCAACGCGAGCAGGCCUUGCGUGACUUUAAGAACGGCAAAAUGAAGGUGAUCAUUGCAACUUCAGUGGCGUCCCGUGGUCUCGAUAUCAAAAAUAUUAAGCACGUGGUCAACUUUGAUAUGCCCAACAAUAUAGAUGAUUAUGUACACCGUAUUGGACGCACUGGUCGUGUGGGCAACAAUGGUCGGGCCACUUCUUUCUUUGAUCCCGACCAGGAUCGCCCUCUCGCAGGAGACUUGAUCAAAAUCCUGGAGGGAGCUGGUCAGACCGUUCCAGAUUUCUUGCGCGAAAUUGGAGGCGGUGGUGACUACUCCAGCAAGAAGUUUGGCGGCGUAGAUGUCCGUGGCGGAGGCAAUACCAUCUCCGAUGCGGCUAACACUGAGUGUGACGAGGACUGGGACUAAUCCGAAAAUGCAGGACGUAAAUUUUUAGUGUUUGAACCUAACGAGAUAAGAUUAAUUUAGUCCUCGAAUCGAUCCGGCUUCGAAUGCCAUAGGCGAUAUAUAAAUACUAUAUAGUAGCCUUAAACUUUGUUAAACGCCAGUUUAACAAGUUUACUUAAGUUUGUUUACGUAAGGAAAUACCAUUUUUUUAUUUUCCUAUUAUAAAAAUAUAAAUAUUCAUUUGAAAAACAGAA